AUGACGAAGGACACUAUAAAACGCAAUCAAGACAGUGUCAUGGCUACGGAUGAUACAAUUGCAAUGAACACCAUGAACUACGAUAAGCUUAGGACGCCCAAUAGUAAUGAUUCACCCGUUUCAGGGCGUGUUUUGACCGUAAAACGUUCAGAGAAUGAACCAAAUGAACAAGAGACGACGGUGCAGGAAAAUGGCGAAGAACCUAAGGUUGAUGGCGAAGAAUACGACGAUUUGAUGCAUGGUAUCAAUUCAUUUUGGGCCAUUGUAUUUCCAGUAUGUGUCACGAUGAUUGUCGCUAGUCUUGUGGUUGUAAAUUACCGCAGUUCGAGUAUUGAGGCUUCGAUGUCGUCGUAUUUGGUUUAUGGAGAAUCGGGAUCUGGAGCUAGUAGCAUUGGAAGCAAUGGAGGAGGUUCCGGUAUUGGAGAAUCAUUGGUCAAUGCACUUGUGAUUAUUGGAGGUAUUGCUGUGCUGACAUUUGGCAUGGCGUUAUUGUACAAAUUCAACUGUAUGAAAUUUCUGAGUGGCUACAUCAUGUUUGCUUCGACUGCUAUCUUGAGCUUUGUUGGAGGACAACUUGUGGAUGAGAUUGUGAAUGACCAAUUUGGUUGGGCUGUUGACUGGCCGUCGUUCCUCUUUGUCAUGAUCAAUUUUGGUUUUGUUGGUGUGAUUUCUAUUUUUUACCAGAAAGGAACACCCAAAUUUGUGCAAAAUGGCUACUUGGUCAUGGUCAGUGUCAUCUUGGCCUGGCAGUUUUCCAUGUGGCCAGAAUGGACGACCAUCAUCUUUUGUGUCAUGUUUGCUUGCUACGAUCUGUGCGCUGUGCUUACGCCUUGCGGACCGCUCAAGUAUCUUAUUGGACUUAUUCAGGAGAAGCAGGCGCCAUUACCGGGUCUACUCUACGAAGCUGAUGUUUCUGAUGGUGUUUCGCACGACCGCCAUCGACUACAGCAACAGCAGCAGCAAGAAACACAACGACGAUCUAAAAGCACGCCGGAGGGGGAAGUCGCUGAUAUGCAGCGGCAGUCGUCGUUGGCUACUUCGAAGUCGUCUGGCACCAGCCACCAAAACAGCAACGCCAACGUGCAAGUGACAAACAUCACCCGUGCGGUGCCCCCUCAAGAUUUGAGUCAAGUGCCGAUGGCGGCUCCUGUCCCGACGACGAUUGACUCGUCUCCGAUCCCGGUCCUGUCUUCCGGACAUCGGCCGCGCAAUGUAGCUGAGUCUAACUUCACCACGUAUGAGUGUGAAACGUUGGAAGCGCUUGUGAGUUUGCUCACCACGUUUUACGAGACGUUCAGUCCUGAAGACGCGUGGAAGGCUUCGCAAGUCGCUGAAAAGUUUUUCCCCACACAGGAUCGCCUUUGGCUGCUGAUGUUUCACAAGUACUACGUCUGCUCGUGUUCGAUGGACAUGCCGUGUCCAGUACAGGCAAGACGUGACCGUCGCCAACGCGAACGCAAAGAGGAAGAGGAAGACGGAAAAACCAUUAAACUGGGACUGGGCGACUUUAUCUUUUACAGUGUGUUGGUCGGCCGUGCUGCUAUCAAAGACUUUUCCACAUUUGCUGUUACUUUCGUGUGUAUCGUGAUGGGUCUUGGAGGAACGCUCUUUCUUCUUGCCGUGCUGCACAAGGCGCUUCCAGCGCUGCCUAUCUCAAUUUUUCUGGCCACGAUUUUUUACUUCCUCACAGAGUACAUCUUCAUUGACUUUUGCAGCUUCAUGAUGGCGUUCCCAGCCGCAGUGUAG